UGAUUGCGCCUGCUCAGUCCGCUCCUCUGUGCUUUCUCCUUCACUGUGCCCUAUUGCGCGAGACACAGAGCGUUCUGAAACUUCGCGCAUCGCCCCGCAAAUAAGAGUCAUGUCAGACAAAGGAGGAGAGAAGGCGAGCCUGGUGAGGAAGGAGGGGGAGAGUCCAGCAGCACAGGCCAGUCAGAACAAAGGAGCUCCCUGUGUGCCAUGUUGCCACAAGGUCGCCAUGGCUGUUCCUCCUGCAUACUCAGACCUGGGAAAAGCCGCCAAAGACAUCUUCAGCAAGGGCUAUGGCUUUGGAAUCGUGAAACUGGACCUAAAGACCAAGGCCCAGAGUGGAGUUAUGGAGUUUGCGACCUCAGGCUCCAGUAACACUGACACAGGGAAGGCAGCAGGUAACCUGGAGACCAAAUAUAAGGUGAAGGAGCUGGGCCUGAGCUUCAACCAGAAAUGGAACACAGACAACACCCUGACCACCGAGGUCUCUAUGGAGGACCAGUUGGCUAAGGGCUUGAAGCUGGCUCUGGACACAUCAUUCGUGCCCAACACUGGUAAGAAGAGUGCCAAGCUGAAGACUGGUUACAAGCGGGACUUCAUCAACCUGGGCUGUGACCUGGUCUUUGACAUGGCCGGCCCCACGGUCCACGCUGCUGCCGUGCUGGGCUAUGAGGGCUGGCUGGCUGGGUACCAGAUGGCCUUCGACACAGCCAAGUCCAAACUGUCCCAGAACAACUUUGCCCUGGGAUACAAGGCUGGGGACUUCCAGCUCCACACCAAUGUUAACGACGGUACAGAGUUUGGUGGCUCCAUCUACCAGAAGGUGAACUGCCACCUGGAGACAGCCAUCAACCUGGCCUGGACGGCCGGCAGCAACAACACACGCUUCGGCAUCGGAGCCAAAUACCAGCUGGACAAGGAUGCUUCCCUGUCUGCCAAAGUCAACAACGCCAGUCUGAUUGGAGUUGGCUACACACAGGCCCUCCGGCCAGGAGUGAAGCUGACUCUCUCAGCUCUGAUCGAUGGGAAGAACUUCAACACAGGCGGUCACAAGGUUGGCAUGGGCUUUGAGCUGGAGGCAUAAGGAUGGAGGGAAGAGGAGAAGAGGGGGAAGGGUGAAGGAAGGGAAAGAUCCCGGAUCUGACAAAACCUCAAUGAUACCUGGACACAUCUCCCCCUUUUUAUGCCACACACACACACCUCCUGAGUCUUUUGGCCUUAGCACCCUCUGAGACCUCCAGUACUGUAUUAAAAUGGACAGACUGUCGAGAACCAAGUAGUUUUUUGGAUGUUUUUAGGUUCACCAUCUCUCUGUAUUAUCUCCUUAGCAAUACCACGAC